AUGGAGGAUUACGAGCAGGAGUUGUAUGGCAUCGAGGAUGAUUUCCACAAUCAAUUCGCGGCCGAGCUCGAGGUGCUGGCUGAGCUCGAAGGUGCAGAAGCCCGGCUGCCGGCCAGCACUCCUCCACCUCCAGCGGGCAGGCCCCGGCUAACCUUUGAGGAGGCCAUCAGCAGAGGGGACAUUGCUCCCAACCUCUCUCCAACCAGGAGUCUGCAGAAGGGCAAGCCUAAUGUCAAGAAGAGAGAACUGGGCGGCGAUGCCAAGGACAGACUCCUGCCCCCUAGUAGGUCCACAGGGAUAGUCGUGGAGUUCGGGAUGGGAUGUAAGGCUGCGGAAGGUCCUCAGUGUGUUUCCACAGCCCCCAGGAUUAAACGGCCGCGGCUGGAAGCUGUCAAGAGGCUGAACUUUGGGCCAGAGGAGGAGCCUGAGGAUCCGCCACUGGACUCCCCACCCAAGGGCAUCACUCCCCCACCGAGCCCUGACCUUCCUGCUGAGCUGUACAGUGAUGGGUUCUUGCACACCGUAGCCUAUAUGAGUCCUACAUCUGCCUUGCCAGCUGCGCACAACCCAGUCCUGCGGCGGCCACCAGUCCUGGAGGAUUACAUUAAUGUGACAUCCACCAAUGGUGACAGGGCCUUCCUGGUGCUACGAGCGGACCCCACAGGCACUGGGGUGCAGAGCCCUCUUCUGGACAUCCGGUGGCGGGGCCAGCUGGACCUGCUGGGCAUGCCCUUCACUUCCCUGAAGGAGCAAGUGGAUGAUGAGAGGCGGCAGCGGCUACUGGAGGAAGCCCAGCGACUUUCGGAGGUCUUACACAGCCUCAGGCCUGAGGAAGAAAAGGAGGCCACCCAGCUUACGAGGGCCCCAGAGGAAGUGCCGGAAGCUGCUGAAGGCCAGGACACUGCCCAGCACUGCCUAUGGGUGGAUGAGUUUGCGCCCCGACAGUACACGGAGCUGCUCAGUGAUGAUUUCACUAACCGCUGCCUUCUCAAGUGGCUGAAGCUGUGGGACCUGGUGGUGUUUGGCCGUGAGACACCUGCCCGGAAGCCCAGGCCUGGCACUGAGGCAGUGCGGGCCAGCAAGGAGGCCAUGGCUUCCAGCAAGUGGAAGAGCCAUGAGCAGGUGUUGGAGGAGAUGCUUGAGGCUGAGCUGGACACGAGCCGGCGGCCCAGGCAGAAGGUGGCAUUGUUGUGCGGACCUCCCGGGCUGGGCAAGACUACCCUCGCUCAUGUGAUCGCGUGGCACGCCGGCUACUGUGUGGUGGAGAUGAACGCCAGUGAUGACCGAAGCCCUGAGGCCUUCCGCACACGCAUCGAGGCAGCCACACAGAUGGAGUCGGUGUUGGGUGCUGGUGGGAGGCCCAACUGCUUAAUCAUCGAUGAGAUUGAUGGGGCCCCCACGGCUGCCAUCAAUGUCUUGUUGAGCAUCCUGGACCGCAAGGGGCCGCAGGAUGUGCAGCCAGGGGCCCAGCCUAGGCCUGCAGGUGGGAUGCGGAGACGCCAGGCAGAAGGGGGGCUCCUGAUGAGACCCAUCAUCUGCAUCUGCAACAACCAAUUUGUGCCGUCCCUGCGGCAGCUGAAGCAGCAGGCCCUCUUGCUCCACUUCCCACCCACCCUGCCCUCCAGGCUCGUCCAGCGGCUCCAGGAGAUCACCAGGCGACAGGGCAUGCAGGCUGACCCCGGGGCACUUGCUGCUCUGUGUGAGAAGACAGACAAUGACAUCCGGGCCUGCAUCAACACCUUGCAGUUCCUGCAUGGACAGGGCCGACGGGAGCUGAGUGUGCGGGCCGUGCAGACGACACGCAUCGGCCUCAAGGACAAACGCAAGGGGCUUUUUGCUGUGUGGCAAGAAGUCUUCCAGCUGCCCCGGGCCCAAAGGCGCUGCGUGGGCCAGGAACUGGCCCCUCCGGUCCAUGCGCUCCUAACCAGAGACGGAGACUCGGGGCCCUGCCCAUCCGAGGCAGCCCCGACCUCCAUCUCUCAGCGCUUUCAGCGGGUGCUUCAUGUGGCCUCCUCCGCUGGGGAGCACGAGAAGGUGGUGCAGGGCCUGUAUGACAACUUCCUCCGGCUGAGGCUCCGGGACCCCACUCUGGGCGCUGUGUGUGCAGCCCUGGACUGGCUGGCCUUCGAUGACCUGCUGGCCCAGGCCGCCCUGCAUGGCCAGAGCUUCCAGCUGCUGUGCUACCCGCCCGUGCUGCCUGCCGCCUUCCACCUGCUCUUCGCCGCUGUCCAUGUGCCCCACCUGGCCUUCCCCAGCAGCCAGCAAGAGGCUCAGAAUCGGACGAGUCAGACACAGAAUCUGAUUCAGACGCUGGUGUCGGGCAUCACGCCAUCUGCCCGCAGUCGUGCCACACCUCAGACUCUGGUGCUGGAUGCCCUCUGUCCCCUCCUGGACAUUCUCACACCCAAAUUACGCCCUGUGAGCACACAGCUGUAUAGUACCCGUGAGAAGCAGCAGUUGGCUGGCCUUGUGGGCACCAUGCUGGCCUAUAACCUUACCUAUCGCCAGGAGCGCAUGGCUGAUGGCCAGUACACCUACCGACUGGAGCCGAACUUGGAGGGGAUCUGCCGCUUCCCUGAGCUGCCAGUCCGCAAGCCACUCACCUACCAGGCCAAGCAGCUCAUUGCCCGGGAGAUUGAGGUAGAGAAGAUGCGCAGGGCAGAGCCUUCAGCCCUGGCUGCCCAGGACCUGGAGAUGGAAGGGACUCCUCCAGAGACUGAGGGUGUUCGGAGAGGUGAGGACAAAGGGGUGCGGCACUCAGUCCCCCGGAACCACGAGCAGCGCCUAGAAUACUUCAUGAGGAAGGCUACCUUUGAGGAGCAGCCCGAGAGAGACUUUUUUGGGCGCAUAGUCGUUAGGAGCGCUGCCACGAGCAAGCGCACAGUCGCCGCGGAGGACGCUGCCCCGGGGAAGGACUCAGCGGAGUGGCGUGUGGGCACGGCAGUGGGCAGGAGUCACGUCUGGUUCCGCUUCAAUGAAGGCGUGUCCAACGCUGUGCGGCGCAACGUGCACAUCAAGGACCUGCUGUAG